AUAACGGAACAGUUAAUGGAACAGUUUCAAUCGAAGAAUUCAUUAAAACAAACUAAACUAUUAGGAAAGGACAAAUAUCUUGUUUAAUUUUUUCAUGAAACAAUGUUCACAGUUUCGAAUCAGAGUUUCUGUUGUCACUAUUACAAUAAAAUUAAUCGUUCUGGUAAGCCCAGAUUUAGUUAGUUUUACAUUUUUUUUUCUCUCUGUGUACAAGUGCGAACGGUGUUUAUUGUUGUCACGAGAGAAGGUUUUGAUUGGAGAUAUUUCGGUAAAGUUUAUUUUACGAAGAAAAUGUACAAAUUUUGAGAAAGUGAUUUUCGAAACAAUAUUUUUCAUUAUCUUUGAGUAGUUACGACGACAUUUGUUUUUUUUUAAAGAUAAUUACCAUGGCUGAAAAUGUGAAAAAAAAAACAAGCGCACGGCGUGGAGUAAGGAGCAUCUCGAUCAAGCGAUUCGCUCUAUCACUAACGAGCCAAAUUUGAAAAUACGACAAGCUGCAAGACAAUUUGGCAUCCCCGAGUCAACGCUACGAAAACAUUUAGUAAGGCCUACAGAUUGGAGAGGAGUGAUGGGACGUAAACCGAUUUUUUCUAAAGAGGAUGAAAGCGAGCUUUCGCAACGUAUUCUCGCAAUGGCUGAAAUGUACUAUGGGAUCACUCCUUCGAAACUACGGAGCGUCGUAUUUGAAUUCGCAGAAAAAAAGGAAAUCAAACACACUUUCAACAAAUCCCUUCAAUUAGCGGGAAAAUCGUGGAUCCGUUUAUUUUUGCGCAGACAUCCAAACAUCUCUCUGCGACAGCCUGAAGGAACAAGUUUGAAUAGAAUUGAAGCAUUUAACAAGAAAGAAAUUGAUCAGUUUUUCUUCAAUUUGCAAUAUGUUUACGCAAAAUUUAACUUCAGCCCCCAUCGACUGUACAACGUUGAUGAAACGGGGAUCACUACGAUUCAAAGUAAAUGUUCUCGUGUCUAUGCAGAAAAAGGGAAAAAGCGUGUUGGAGCGAUGACAUCAGGAGAAAGAGGACGCAAAGUGACAGCAAUAUUUUGCAUGAGCGCACUGGGUCAUUUCAUACCACCAAUGAUGAUCUAUCCCCGUAUUCGAAUGGACCCUAAAUUGAAACACAAUGGACCUGAAGAAGGCCUUUAUAAAUGCUCUAAAAAUGGCUGGUCCAACAACGAACUUUUCUGCGAAUGGCUAAAACAUUUCAUCAGGUACGUCAAACCAACAGCAUAUGAUCCUGUUCUGUUAAUCAUGGACAGCCAUUCAAGCCACGUAUCCCUCGCUGCUUACGAAAUCUGUAAAACUAACAAUAUAAUAGUUGUCACUCUGCCGCCGCAUACCUCUCAUCUCACACAGCCUCUGGACGUCGCCUUUUUUGGUCCCUUCAAAAAAGCUCUGAGAGAAGAAAAGGAAAUGUACCUAUCUUCUCACCCCUUCGAGAGAAUCACCGAACAUUUUUUGGCAGAAUUCCUCAAUAAAGCAUUUCAAGCAGUUGGCUGCAUUGAAAAAGGUAUCUCUGGAUUCAAAGCCACAGGCAUUUGGCCUUUGAACUUGAGAAUUUUCGACCGUGAAUUAACUGUAGCUAAUCGAAUAAAUAAAGCCGCCGAUGAAGUUAACAUGUCUCUCGAAUUGAAAGUCGACAUAGAAACAAUUACAGAUGAAUCCUUCGGUGAAGCCACCGUAAACGCCCAACCAAGUCAGACUGUCAAAGUUGAAAUCCCUAUUGACCAGACUAACGACAAAAACUCAUCUUCAAUUUUACAGUCAAUUUUAUCAACGCCAAAAAAAUGCAACAAUUCCACAGGUGUCAAGAGAAAGUCUCGUCCGAAGAUGCAGUCAGAAAUUUUCACCCUAACCCCUAAAAAGGAAAAAUUGGAGCACGCUCUGAAAAAACGAAUGAAACAAGAAGAAAGAUCUGAAGAAAAUAAAAUCAAGAAGAAGUGGACUAAAAAAAAAGUGCAAAUGAAAAAAGAUGAGUUCCCUCCCAAACGAGGAAGAGGAAGACCAAAAAAAGUACGCAAAGUAAUACAAGAGGACGAAGAAGCGCAAGAAAAAUAAAACGAGAAGGGAAUUCAAAACUGGUUGGGAAAAAUCUAAUUUUUGUACUUUUGUAUUGUUAUAGCAU